UCCAGCUCUAUAAACAAAAUCUGAGCAGAAGAAGAGAAGACUGAGGAAGAGAAGGAGGAGGGGAAAAGAGGAGAAAAACAGCCAGCAGAGAUUUUUUUCUUGCUUUCUUACUUUCUUCUUUUUCUUGGAAUCUUUGUGCGCGCGCUACAUACUGCCUGGAUAAAAAAGGACGAUUUACGCACAAGUUGAAGAGAAAAAAAAGCAAAAGACAGUCUCUGGCUUCUGGAGCGCGUUUAUCUAUUAUUUGUUUUAUUUGUUUAAGAAGCGGGGUUCUUACUUUAUUCUCAGUGGUGUGCGCGCGUUUGUCAAGCGCGUGCGUGCACGCACAUACAUACACAUACACACACACACGGACAUAAACACGCGCGCGCACACGCACGCACCAGGCGCACAGCCCAGCCGGACUGUAGGUAGGAUGGCGCAGCCCUGCAAAAGCAGCGCGGCCAAGGACGCGUUCCCCGAGCUGGUGGAGCUGAACGUGGGCGGCCAGGUGUACGUGACGCGGCGCUCCACGCUGGUCUCCGUGCCCGACUCGCUGCUCGGGCGCAUGUUCGGUCAGCAGAGCCCGGCGGAGCUCAGCACCGACACCAAGGGACGCUUCUUUCUGGACCGGGACGGAUUCCUAUUCCGAUACAUCCUGGACUACCUGCGCGACGGGAACCUCGUGCUCCCCGAUUAUUUCCGCGAGCGCGCCGGUCUGAGGCGCGAGGCCGAGUUCUUCCAGUUGCGCGAGCUGGCGCGCCGCCUCGCGCCUCAGGUGAGCAAGGAGAACUCGAUCAGCGACGAGGCGCAAGGUGAGCACGACCACGACGACGUAUGCGGCGGCGGAAGCGUCGGUAGCAUCGGGAGCAUCGGCAGUGCGCUUCCGACGACCUCCACGACGUCUACGAUCGCUCUAACCGAGCCACGCUCACCGUCACUCAAGUGCGGCUACAUCACCAUCGGCUACCGGGGCUCCUACACGAUCGGCCGCGACAUCCAGACGGACGCGAAGUUCCGCAGAGUCGCGCGCAUCACCGUGUGCGGCAAGACCUCGCUGGCCAAGGAGGUGUUCGGGGACACGCUCAACGAAAGCCGCGACCCCGACCGACCCCCGGAGCGCUACACCUCGCGCUACUACCUCAAGUACAACUUUCUGGAGCAAGCCUUCGACCGGCUGGCCGAGAUGGGCUUUCGGAUGGUGGCGUGCAGCUCCACGGGCACGUGCGCCUACACCAGCAACGAUCCCAAUGAGGACAAGAUCUGGACGAGCUACACUGAGUACGUGUUUUGCAGGGAGUGACCAAAAAGAAAAAGAAAAUCAAAGAAAAGUAAAGAAAAAAAAACCCAGCAACAACUACUACGACUACUAUAAGUGACCACUUGUUUUGGUAAAGGACUUUUGGCUGGACACUUAGAGUAAUGUUAUCUUAAUUGCCGUAGUUUUUAUCAUCAGAGUGGUCAGAAAAGAUGGGGUGAGGCAAGGGGAAGGAUGGGCAAGAACCUUGAAAUGUGGUUGAAAUAUGAUUGAUUGAAGUAAUGUCUGUUGUUGUUUCAACAUUGAAACAAUGUUAAAUGGUGAAACGUGAAUCAGCAUACUGUCCUCAACCUUUUGCCUUUUGAAUUAGCAUUUUACAUUUCAUCACCAUACAAUUUCAUCAUACAAAAACGGUUGGAUGGAGGAAUGAAAAAGUGGUUUUAUUCCAUUUGCAGUAAAUGUUGGCUUUACCAUACCUGUUGUAUUUGGGAGUGUGUUCAUGUUCUAUUGGUUUUACUCAUAUGUUUUUGAGAUCAGAUGUUCAAAGAUAAGAUUGGUAGAGGUGGGUAACAUUCUUUAUACUCUGCAGCUUUACUACAGUGAUGUAACUUAAGUUUAUUGUUAACAUUCUUAUUGUUGACCAUAGAAUUAACUAGUUUUAGUAAGCUAUGGUUUAUUAAAGGUUAAACUUUUCAAAAUCAACACUAAAUCCAAUGUUGAUUUAAUUAUAACAGCUGCCAGUUGGGAUCACCCUCAAGUAAGAACAGUAAGGUGUUAACAUAACAGUGUCAGGUCUAUAAAAAAAAAAAAUACACGACUCCAUUCUGCUCUACUAUUGUCUUGUAUCUUCUGUAGUCCAUCUGUUCCAGCAUUUCUGCUUCAGCUCAAGGGAUUGGGCUUGGUUGCCAGCAGCUGAUGGGUUGGACCAGGAAUGUUGGAGAAGAGAACUCGCUAAAACAUGUAGGAAAGUGGUGCUCCAAAAUUAGAGCAUUGUGGCCACCAGCUAUACUCUUCAAAGCAAAGAUGCUACAAAGGAUCCUUUGAUGAUUUAAGUAGAAUAUCUACUUUUUGGUCCAGUAAUUGUAGGUUCUUGCAAACAUGGAAGUAACAAUCAUUUUAGACCUUCAAAAACAGAAGUGGUUCUUCUAUAGCAUUUAUAAUAAUAAAAAACAACCCCUGUGUAUUUCAUUUACUCCAUUUACUAAGAGCUCAGUAAUAUAGACUUAUAAGUCUAACUAGUAGCAGAGGUGAACAGAACAGCCUAAAACCAGACAGAACCCUAAAGACUGAAUUUUCACUUCUGCAAAAUAAACAAAAACAAGAACUAAUUAAAAGUAGAUUCUUAAAAAAACUGUAAACUGUGAAAGUGAACAUGCACCAGUUCUGGAAAUACACAAAGAAGAACAAGAAGUGGGUAGAGCCAUCUUAAAUACAGCUAAACAAGCUAAGUAAAAGCAAAAAAAAAAACAGGUCCAAAAAUAAUAUCAUUUUACUGUUAAUAUUUUUAAAAGGGGGAAUGCUACCAAUUUCUCAAACUUAAAUUAUGAUGUAAAAAACCCUCAAUUCUAGAGAAAUGUACCUAGUCUCAGAAUUGUGAAGUUUUUAAUGCAUUCAGAGCUAGUCUUGUUUUCAGAUUUGUUUUUUGUUUUUUAAAUAAAUAUCCUGCCUGCCAGCUAAGACAGUAUUUCAUAACAGUUUCAAGUCCAGGUUUAGAUUUUUACAAAUAAAUGCAGGUGAGGCAGUACAUAAAUUGAUUCCCAAAAGAUUUAUCAAAAUUUUUCUCAUUAUCUACGUUCUAUAUGAAAAAUGUUAUAUGGAGAAAUUUGAAUGGAUUUAAAAAAAUAAAAAUAGAGCAGCGAUUUACAACUCAGAAGACACAUGCUGGGUUACUGUUAAUAUAUAUUAUAGAACAACUAAAAUUACUAUUUCCUGUCAAAACCACCACAUUAUAAAUACAUACAUUCAUUAUAUGGGCAAAAGUAUUAAAGUGACCACAGGAGCUUCUUUAGUUUUUUACUUUUUGUAACUUUACGUAGUUAGAAGGUUAGUGGCUUGAGUUUCUGUGGUUCCUAAAUGCUUUCACUUUUUAAUACUACCACUCACAGAUGAUGGUGAAAUCAUGAUACAUCUAGGAGUGAAGAAAUUUCAACAGCUGACUUGUUGCAGUAGUAACAUCCUAUUACAGAACCACACUGAGUUCUUUACAACCAGCCAUUUUUUCACUAUUGUUUGGUUUGAUUUGAUUUAACCCUUUCAGACCUGAAUUAUGUGCCAGUGUUGAAAAAUUAUUAAUAAUAACAAUGCAGUUUUCUGCCUGCAGUGCACACUAAGAAGACUCUAUAUAUUAUUGAUAUUAGAACAUAACAUUUAUAUUAACAUUAAAUCCAAUUAACUAAAAUAAGUAACUGUUUUAUUUUAAUAUCUAUUGGAUUGGCAGUCUGUGCUCAACAUUUUUACUUUAGAUUUGAUAUUGACCUUUUUGUUCAUAAGCCAUCCCUAAACACAAACAUAAACAUGGAAAAAAUUAGUAGUUCUAAAUUACAUAUAAUUGGUUAAAAUGAGCUCUUUUAAUUUGCGUCUUUGGCUUUAGUGCUGCUUUUUUUGGUGUUGUUGUUGUUGUUCAGUGCAGUGGGCGGGGCUAAGCUAUUGUUUUAUUGGCUUAGAAACUUUUUCCUUUGCCCUUUUUUUUGUCUAUUCUGAUAAAAAAAAUAGUCUCAAUUAGUGUUUAAUAAAAAGUAAGAAAAUACAUUAUGUCCAUUGUAAUGGAUGCAGUGUCUGACAGGGUUAAUACACCUGAAUCCAAAUGAUUAAGAACUGUGUCUCAAUUCAUGAUUAUACACAAAUAAAAAUAAAAUUUUUUGCACAGAAAAGUAAAUGUGACCAAAGUUGCGUUAAAUCCAUCUCCAGUUAAAAGUUGUUUACUCCUCUCUGUUACAAAACAUACACAUCCAGUUAUGAAGGGGUCCAAAAGCAGUGACCAAAAACCAGCGUGGGUUUAAAAAAAUGCAUCAGGUCAGAAAACUACACAACUACACUCAAUCCUGUGGCUGACUUUUCCCUGGGCUGAAGAAACCGCAGCUGUGGGAGUUGUUUAUUAGUCCAGAGAAGCAGCAGAGGAGGAGAGAGCUGCCUAUAGAAGCUGUAAUUAAAGUUAAAGAAGUGGAAACAUUGGGCAAAUGUAUGGAUUUUUCCAAAUUACAGAUGUAAAAAAGCCUAAAACAUCAAUCAAAUGGAGUAGUAAUAAGUAGUGGAGUAGAGGAAAUAGUAACAAUGAUAAAAAAUCAGGAAGUAAAAUUGGUCAGCAAAAACAGUUUUUAGGUACUAAAUUACAGAUAAACACGCUGCAGAACUGCUGUAGUUAACCCAGCAUUUGUUAUAUUAGGAAGGGAAGUUUGUUGACCUUGUUCUUCUUCUCUUUUUUUCAAUCUCUGUGAUCUAAAACACCGUUCUACAUUUAUCCAAACAGAGAAGUAGAAGCAACUGUAAUGCAGUGCAUGUGUCAAAGCAACUGAAAUGGAAGACUUUGAACGCAGUUUGAAUGACUGAAAUACAAACUUUUUUACAAAUCUACUUGAUUAGGCUUUUUUAAAACCAACCAAAUUUCACUUAAGAACUAAGACACCUGGAACUAAGUUGAUGCAAAUCAGUUUUAACCCUUUUUUAAAUGAUUAAACAGGUCAAUGAUUUAGUUAUUCAUACUGGAAACCAUUUAGCUGUACAAUGGAUUAUGUGUGGUCCCACAGGGCUCUAUUGUAGGGCCUAUAAAAUGGAGAUACAUUAUGAUAGUAAUGUACACUCGUAAAGUAAAGUGUGGGAUUACAAACAUUUUUUUUAGCAAAUCUACUUGAUGAGGCCUUUUUUAAGUUCAUCCAAAAUUCACUUUAGAACUAAGAGACCGGAAACUAAGUUGAUGGAAGUAAAGCAGAGGCUACUACCCAUCUCCGCAAAUCAGUUUUAUUUCUUUUUUAAAUGAUUUAACAGGUCAAUGAUUCAGUUAUUCUAUUCUAAAAGCAUUUAGCUGCACAGUAGAUUAUUUGGGGUCCCACAAGGCUCUAUAGUAGGGUCUAUAAAAUGAGAAACAUUAUGAUGGUAAUGUACAUUGUGCCAAAGCAUAGGUUGAAUAACUGAAAUACAAACUUUCUAGCAAAUCUACUUGAUGAGGCUUUUUUAAAUUAAUCCAAAUUUCAUUUUAGAGCUAAAAAUAACCUGGAACUAAGUUGAUGGAAGUAAAUUAGAGGCUUCUACCCAUCUCUGCAAAUCAGUUUUAACCCUUUUUUUUUAAAUGAUUAAACAGGUCAAUGAUUCAGUUAUUUAUCCUGAAAACCAUUUAGCUGUACAAUAGAUUCGUUAGGGUCCCACAGGGCUCUAUUGUAGGGCCUAUAAAAUUGAGAUACAUUAUGAUAGUAAUGUACACUAGUGAAGUAAAGUCUAAAGCUUACAUACAGAGUGUAAUAUGUUUUAGGUAAGGGGUUAAGUAUGUUCUGACUGUAUGUUUUGACUGCAGUUUAAUGACUAGCUGGUGGCUAUACACAGUGUUUAGCUUAAACAGUUCAGCGAACUCCGUUCAGCUUGGUGUGCAAAUUCCUAGAAACCAAAAACAGACGGGCCUGCCUGGACAGAUUUGGAUAUGGGAAAGACAUGCAGGUAACAUUCCCGGUUCUGUUACAACAGUGAGUAAUGUUACAUAAUGCCUUCUCCAGACGGGAACACUUCACUUCAAGUCUUCAAGUCUCUGAACUUCCUAAAAAGAAAGAAAAGGCCUUCAUGUUCCGGAUCCUGACUGACCCUUCAGACGCGAGGCAUCUGUUUCUCCUAAUGCUCUCCAGAACUUCAUAUUUUAGUGUUUCACAGACUCUGUUUUUUUUAGCGUUUGUCUUUUUUUGUUGUUUAAUCUCACUGGAGUUUUAUUAUUAUCUUUCUUCCACACAGGAAAAAGAAUGAGGGUCUUCCUUAUUGACAGUGACGUUUCUGGCAACACUUCAACAUGAGCUUGAGUUUUGUUUUCUAGUUGAUGGUGUAAGAUAACCUAUUGGCUCAUUUGAAAUAAACUGUUUUUUUUUUUUUUUUUGCAGUUUUUUAGCCCCUUAGGCCGGACCCUGUGUGUCCGAGUUUAUUUUUGGACGUUAUCUGAAGUUAAUAACGUGAUUUAUUUCUUUCUCUGCACUUGUAUAUUUGAUUUCUUGAACUUUUGCCCAAACUGUUUUUUGUCUGUGAGAUCCAAGGAAUAAACUCUGUAUGAAAGAUG